ACGUGAACAGGAAAAGGUGCAUAAUGUGAUCGCUCAAGAUAGCUGUUUUCUUCAUUGUGAAAUCCCCAAUUCGAUAUAAUCAACAGUACCAGUAACCAAAUCCAGGGCAUGAUGACCUCUGAUGCCCCGUAACACUCGAAGGAAGAGGUUGCUGAACCCCAACCAGACUCAGCUAUCUUUUGUUGAAACACCCAUCAACGGAGACAUACAUCGCUAUGGCCUUCAGCCACGAAGUGCCAUUAAUCCAAAAACACUCAUCUCCGAGGAGCGGCGCGAGAAUGGCAAGGCUUGGGUGUCACCUCAGUUUGACCAGAUUAGACUCCCUGAAGUUAUGAAAAAGAGGACAAGAGGCUCACAAUCACAGUCUGUUUCAAAUACAAGGUACAAUUCAACAUGUACGAAUAUAAGAAAGACGAAUAAAUAUCCAUCAUUAUCCUUUGCCAAUCAUGCUGCUGAAGGACUGCACAUAAAGACCAAAGAAUUGAGAAAGGAGACCGAGAAUAGUAUCGUACCAAGAACAAGCCAAAUGUAUGUACCAGGUCCCUCAAAUGCCCGGGCUGAAGUGGACCUAGCAACGCCAAGACGGACACGCUCUUUCCAGAGAAGAAGUGUAGAAAGCACCCUCUCUUCGAACAGAACCCAUGAAGGAUCUGCAGAGAACAGGAAGGUCUCUAGUCCUCCAGUUUCUCACAUGAGUAGUGGAAUGCCAAACUACACUGGGUCAUCUGAAGUCUGUACCUCUGUGGGAUUCCGCUCACCUAAUGUAGGGAAUUACUUUAUUCCUCCAGAUAUAGAUACCCCGGAGGUGCCACAAAAGGUCACUUCAUCAUCAAAAUGCACUCUCUUACACCUACUUUGGCCUUCAACUCCACCACACCCUCAUGACUCAGACAUCCUUGUGAAGGACACUCCAGAAAGGGACUAUGGGCUGAAAGUGACUUGGAGGAAGAGAAAAGAACUGAUGAGGUUACUAAUAAAGCGAGGUCAGCUAACCAACCAACAGGUUGAGGUCACUGCUAGCUAAAGGGAAACUCACUAUGAUUUACAUGGAAAAAUUCAUGACACAUUUAGAAAAAAAAAUCCUGCUGUAAAAAAUUAAAUCUGUUUUCUUAA